GGAAGUGAUCUGCGGCGGCUGCUGCAGAGCGGCCAGGAGGAGGGUGUAUCUCCGGAGAGCCGAGCGUCCCUGGUCCUCCUCCUCCUGCCGCCCAGGCUCCGCCGCCGCCCGUCGGACUCCUCCUCCUGCCGCUCCGGCGCGGAGCCGCCCAGACAAGGGCCGAGCGCUCGCCGGCGGGAACCAGCUCAGCCGCGGCUUCCGGAGCCCGCGGGCGGCGGACCGGCUUGCGGUGCAGAUUCUUCUUAACCUUUGGUGAAAACUCUGUGACACAAGAUGGCCGCAAAUAAGCCCAAGGGUCAGAAUUCUUUGGCCUUACACAAAGUCAUCAUGGUGGGCAGUGGUGGUGUGGGCAAGUCGGCCCUGACUCUUCAGUUCAUGUAUGAUGAGUUUGUGGAAGACUACGAGCCCACCAAGGCGGACAGCUAUCGGAAGAAGGUGGUGCUGGACGGCGAGGAGGUGCAGAUUGACAUCUUGGACACCGCCGGGCAGGAGGACUACGCGGCCAUCAGAGACAACUACUUCCGGAGCGGGGAGGGCUUCCUCUGCGUCUUCUCCAUCACAGAAAUGGAAUCCUUCGCAGCCACGGCUGACUUCAGGGAGCAGAUUUUAAGAGUAAAAGAAGAUGAGAAUGUUCCGUUUCUGCUGGUUGGUAACAAAUCAGACUUAGAAGAUAAAAGGCAGGUUUCUGUGGAAGAGGCAAAGGCCAGAGCCGAUCAGUGGAACGUCAACUACGUGGAGACAUCGGCUAAGACGCGAGCCAACGUGGACAAGGUAUUUUUUGAUUUAAUGAGGGAAAUUCGAGCCAGAAAGAUGGAAGACAGCAAAGAAAAGAAUGGAAAAAAGAAGAGGAAAAGUUUAGCCAAGAGAAUCAGAGAAAGAUGUUGCAUUUUAUAAUCAAAGCCCAAACUCCUUUCUUAUCUUGACCAUACUAAUAAAUAUAAUUUAUAAGCAUCGCCACUGAAGGCUCAAUUGACUGAAAUUACUUUAACAUUUUGGAAAUUGUUAUGUAUCUCUAAAAGCAUGAAUUGGAACUGCGCUGAAAGUCAAAUUCACUUAAAAAAGAAAUUAAUGUGGCUUCAUCGAGAAGCAAAGUUCACCUUAUUUCAUAAUUGCCUACAUUUAUUCCGGUCCUGGAUGUCGUGUGUGAGCUCGUGUGUCGUGGGCGGUCCUUCUUGAACUGAUGAAGAGGCGAGAUGGUGGGGGGGAGGGGGGGAGGCUGCUUCCUCCAGUUGAUUAUAAAGCUUAAAUUUCUAUCAUUUUAAAAUGUCGGGGUCUUCUCUUGCCUUGGAAAAUGACAAUUGUGAACAUGAUAGUUAAACUGUACCACUUUUUUUAACCAUUGUUAUGCAAAAUGUAGAAGAAAAAGUUAUUGGCAUGAUUGUUGCAUAUAGUUAAAUUGAGAGUGAUUCAUCUGUGAACCUGCAUUAAUUACCUGGUGAUCAAUUAGAAAAGUGGUGUAACUUGUACAUGGAAACUUUUGACUAUGCCUUAAUUUAGAAACUGAAAAAUACCUGGUUACAUCGUUCUGGGUGUGUCCUCACUGGCGCUGUGGGCCCCUUGUCCCAUGUGUCCUGGUGAGACAAUAUAUGCCUAGUAUGGAGUACAACUUUUGUAUAGAAGGUUCUUGAGAAAUAACUGUCUGCUGGGAGUGUAUCAAAUUUAAAAUGUGUGCCAUACUCUGGUUCUUGCAAGUAAGGUUCCAGAGCUCCGUGAUUGCUUCUAGUUAACUGUACGGUAGUUUAAAGCGAGGGGCCAGCAUCUCUCUGUAAGCUAAUUCUUGACUGUGAGCAUUCAGCACCAGUUAUGUUUCAGGAACCCUCUGUUUCUUUAAGAUGCUGGUCCCUGGAAAUCCUUUCUGCAAGUGGUGAGCCUGUGUUAAGUUUUUGAUCUCUUCGGAGCAGGGCCCAGGAAAGAUGUCAACAGUGCUAAUGCAUUUUGCACUAGAACACUUCAGGAAAAUAUCCAUGCUUUCCACCUGUUCAUUUCUAAAUCUGUAUUCAUGAGUCGGCUCUAUGGGAGGUCUUAGGAGUAUCUGUAGUCUGUCUGUGUUCACAGUAAAGAACACUGCAGCUACAUUUUCCUAAAGUCAGCAUCAAGCAAUCAAACCCAAGUAGAGUCAGGAAGCGUGUUUGGCGUGCACAGACCGAAGAUUAGGCCUGUGGUGCCGCUGUGUGGUGUGCACGCUAUUUGGAACAUAAUUUCGAUGGGAAAUAUACCACUGUCAGAUUUUUCUUUUCUCCUUUGGAAUGGGGCUGGGGCAGUUGAUUCAACAAAGUUUUCCUUUCUUUUCACCCAGUCCUAAUUUCAACAAGUCAAAGAUGUGUUCAGGCUUUCCAGGUAACAGAUGUGUAUGUAAAGUUGACAAAAAUAGGCUUUUUAGGAACUCAACUCUUUAGAUAUUACAUCUGGCUUGUCACGUUAAAUAUUUGUCCUUAAAGGGUUUGAGGUGUACAUCUUUCAUUCUGUAUUUUCAUAGGCUACGCCAUGUGCGGAAUUAAAGUUCCCGAUGUCCCGCGGGCCCGCGCCCUCCGUGUGUGCUCGCUGCAGUCUUACUGAACCAGGGGGCCUAACCACUGACAUUGUGACUUUGCUGUAGACCUUUCCUCUCCUGGGUACUGAGGUGCUAUGAAGCCAGCUGACAACGAUGCAUCACAUGUCUUUGGCUGAUGCCACUACCCGAUUGGUUUAUUUGCAAUUUGAGCCAUUUAAAGACCAAUAAACUUCCUUUUUUAAAA